UUGGCCCGCCACGGCCACGGUCACUCGGCCACUCGGAGCUGCGGGGCGCACGGGGUUGAUUGAGAGCGCCGGUUCUAGGGUCUGGGGCCUGAAGAGACGUUUUCUGGGGCGCACCGGACCCGGGAGUGAGGGAGUAGUAAGGUCGUUUUCACCAACCCACCAACUAAAGGGAGUUACAGCUGAACCCAUGAUUUGCCUAUCACAACGUCUGGGGAACCAGCUUGGCACUGCUGUGUAUGACGGAAGUAAACUUUUCCCCCGCUCUGACAAGAAACGCCCCCAACUUGAUGUUUUGACUCUGCUAUCUGAACUCCCAAGGCUUAGACCCAUCCGAAAGCUUGUGGCCCUCCAGACGUGGGCUUUCAAGAUAGCCCACGUGCCCACCGCACCGCAGCAUCUACCCAGGGAACUUAAGGGCUUCUGGCGUGGUCUCUGCAGGGCAGGGUGAGAGGCCAGCAGAGGGAGCUUGGAGAAGCGUCCUGUGUUGCCAUGGAAACGAAGCCUGACGGAGGUCACCCCUGCCUAAAGGAGUCGGUUGAAAUUUGCCCGCAGGGAUUACUUGUGUUCACGGGAUCUUCGGAACAGGAUUCCAACUUGGCCAAGCAGUUCUGGAUCACGUCGUCGAUGUAUCCUACCAACGAAUCUCAGCUGGUGCUGUCCAGAGGUAGCAGUCAGCGUCUGCCAGUGGCCAAGGCCUCCCGGGGCUGUGGUGUGUCUGAGAAAACUUACCUCCAGCCUUGUUUCACUGAGAAAAACAAAAGCCCAGACGUCACUGCUGAAACCCUGAAGACUCAAGCAUCUGAGGAGAAAGAAAAGUAUCUCCAAAAGGCUAAAAGGAGAGAUGAGAUUCUCCAACUCUUGAGAAAACAAAGAGAAGAAAGGAUCUCGAAAGAACUGAUUUCCCUUCCUUACAAGCCAAAGGCCAAAGGACACAAAGCAAAAAAAGUGAUCGCAGAGUCAGACAAGGAAGACCAAGAGGAGGUCAAAGCCUUGGACUCACUUGAUUGACAAGUGGGAGAGGAUGGCCCACUUAGAUCUUCCCUUCCGAAACCACCUUCUCUUAUGUCAGGAUCGUUAGGAUCACCUUGUUAAGGCAGACAAAGAAAUAAAAGUCAAAUACGCAGA